AUGUCUGCAGAUCAUUCAAGAGAUCCUUGUCCAGUCGUGAUUCUCAGCGACUUUGGUGGUGCCUUCGCCAUGGGUGUCAUCGGUGGCUGUGUGUGGCACGGUAUCAAGGGAUUCAGAAACUCGCCCAUGGGUGAGCGCCACCUGGGCGCGGUCAGUGCCCUCAAGGCGCGUGCACCAGUGGUAGGUGGUAACUUCGGUGUUUGGGGUGGUCUCUUCUCGACUUUCGACUGUGCAGUCAAAGCGGUGCGUAAGAGAGAGGACCCCUGGAACGCGAUCAUCGCAGGUCUCUUCACCGGUGGUUCCCUUGCCAUCAGAGGUGGCUGGAGACACACCAGAAACAGUGCCAUCAUGUGUGGAUGUCUACUGGGUGUGAUGGAAGGUGUGGGUCUCAUGUUCCAGAGAUAUGCUGCCUGGCAAGCCAAGCCCAUUGCUCCUCCUUUGCCCGAAACUCAAAAACCUAUGCAGGCAUGA